AUGUCUCUAACAGAAUUGCCUGAUGUUGCUUUAUUGAAAAUUUUUCGUACAUUCGAUCAAAUCGAAUUAGUGAAUUUUUAUCAAAAUUUUUUGUCAUCAAAGCGUCUGCGGAAUCUGAUACAUCACAAUCCGUGCUUAUGGACACGUAUUCACAUCAAAUCCACUGUUGAUUACAACCAAUUUACAUGCUUCACUCGUUUGCUAACAGCCAAUGCAGCAACAAUACGACAAUUAGUUAUAGAUGAACUGGACAUCAUAUGUCGAAAGAUUUUACUUGAAAAUGGGUUUUCAUUGAAGAAAUGUUUGCAAAUUGAAGAACUAACCAUUCAUGAUGAACACAUCGGAAAUAGUCUACACUCGACGAAAUUCUGUUCAGCAACGUUGAAAAUUCUACGUUUAACAAAUGAUCAGAUUAACUUCACCGAAGUGAGUUCGUCAAAUCAACUGAGUACGUUACAUUUAACAAUGCAUUCAACAGAUAUUCUCAAAAGUCGAUUACAAUCACUGACUAACCUACACUUAAAAAUCAUGUUUGACUAUGAUCAUCGUUCUCACGAGAUAUUCUCUCGUUUACCUACCUGUUCAUUGCACACUUUCACACUCAAAUUUCUCUUAGUCAAUAACCAUUCGACUUUUCCCAAUGAAUUCCAUCAAUAUGUAAACUCUUGUCAUUACCUUCACACGUUAGAGUUAUCCUAUUUACACGGCAUGUGUCCAUUCCCCCUUCACCACACUCUGGACUAUCCAAAAUAUCGACGAUUGAUCCUAAUGAAUAUCAGCCAUCUAAACCAAACGGAAGAAUUCAUCACUCUGCAUCAGUGUGUAUUGCCUUCCGUGUAUUUCCAAUUGAACUCCACAUCCAACCUUAAUCGUCACUCAUCUUGUAUCCAACAAACAUAUUGGCAUACGAAUCAAUUGCUGUCUCUCGAUUAUAUCCAAUGUGUUACGACAUCGGUCGAACUCCUCAAUGAAUACAAUAUCACAUGGUCCGAUAAGAAUGGUAAAAGCCAAUCAUUCGAAUCGUACUUUCUUCGUUCGAUAUAUAAUAUCCCACAUGUAAUAGCGUCUCUUCGUAAAUUAAUUAUCACUAAAUUUGAAUUAAGUCUUGAUGGUCUGGUUACAUUGAUGACGAAUUUAUCAUUAUUAACUGAUUUGAUUAUAUCAGAUGGCAAAAUCGAUCAAAUGGGAUCAGGAAUAUGCGAUUUAAAACGUAUACUAGAUACACAAAUGGUUACAGCACAAUCGAAUGUCAAGACGGUGAUAAUGAAUAAUAUUCACAUGUCUCGACGGACAAUCGUGAAAUUUUCCUUUCUCACUCGACAAUUAGCUUCUUUAACAUUGCACAAUGUAAACGUGUUGGAUAGAACAUUGCAGUCAGAUUUUUUGGCUUUUCUCAAACAAAUUGCGCAGCAAACCAGUCAGUUUCGAUGGUCGCAUUUGCAAUUCUUGACGUUAGAUUAUCGAACGAAUGACGAUUCUCCUUCUUUGAUUUCAAUUCCGUCCACGCAAGUCCUUUGCUGCAUCAAACCAAGAGAACCGAAUUCAACGACGAAUAAUCGUACAACUAUGAAUUUUCUUCAGUUACCGGGAAAAACAGCAGCGGCGACAAAUAAACCACGUGCUCAAGUCGCUUUAGCUCCUCAGCAUGGUUUAAUGGAUUGGAUACGCAAAAUGAAUAAUACCCCGAAUAUUUCGGGAACCAAUGGGAAGUUAUUAACUGUUACAGAAGAGGAACUAGCUAAACAUAAUAAGAAAACCGAUUGUUGGACAGCUAUCAGCGGAAAUGUAUACAAUAUCACUCCAUAUCUGGAUUAUCAUCCAGGAGGGGUAGAUGAAAUCAUGAAGGGUGCUGGUGUUGAUGCUACAACACUUUUUCAAGAGAUACAUUCUUGGGUCAACUUUGGUUCUAUGUUAGAAAAAUGUCUCGUCGGUCGACUAGUGACAAAACACGGUCCAACGGAGGGUGCAUUAGCCAAAAAAAAGUCUUUACCUCUCCGACUCCGAUUCGAUUUUCGACAGCCUGAUUCGAAAAGUUUGACUCUGUUCAUAUAUACGACAUGCUUGACAUUAACUGUUGAGAAAAUCUUUGUUAAUAUUGAAAAUGGCAAAAAUCUUACUGCUCUUAUUUUUAUUGAUGGGUUUGUUCAUACAGUAUCGAUAGAAUUACUUGAAUUAGUUACAAAUGAUUUCAAUGUACGAAUCUCGUCGAAUAAGCAAGGUCAAAUUGAAAUUGAUCUGAAGAAACAAACAGAUCAAAUGUGGAAAUCUGUUGGAAAGUUUGCUCCAAACCAUUUAUCAGUUUGUCCAAUGCAAGAUUUUGAGCCCAUAUACUUCAAUGCCACGCUGAUAAAACGAACACCAGUGACACAUGAUAGCGACUGGUACACGUUCUCCCUACCAUCGAAUGUUUUCAUGUUACCUCCGAUCGGAUACCACAUCCGAUUGCAGCGAACCAACGAUGGUGUAAUUAUUACGAAACCAUACACAGUUGUAAACAAAUUAGACGAAGAAAACAAAUCGUCAUCUGAACAUACAAUUGAACUGCUAAUCAAACAUUACAUUGAUCGAACAAUGACUCCGAUGUUACAACAGCUAUCUAUUGGUGACACAAUAGAAAUGAGUUCAGCUGAAGGCACUUUUGACACUGCUCGAAUUGAUAUGUGUCGCACAUUAGUUCUCAUUGCAGCUGGUACUGGUCUGACACCAAUGAUCCGAAUUUUAAACUACGCUACUAAGCAGAUUGAUAGUGAACAGAAUCGAGAUAUAUUUCUACUGUUCUUCAACAAAACUCAAAAGGAUAUUCUUUGCGGUGCGGAGUUACAAGCUAUGUCAGAAAAAUAUAAAUUUACUUUCUAUAAUAUUCUUUCGCGGUCAGAGUCGGAUUGGACAGGUGAAACGGGCUACAUACGUGGUGAGCUUCUCCAUCGAUUGUUACCGAAACCGCCUUCCAAAACCAACGUUACAAAUACUCUUGUUUGCGUUUGCGGACCCGCACCAUUUUCAAAACAAGCUCUCGAUCUAUUAAAAGAACAUGGCUACAACGACAGUCAUUUACAUUUAUUCCUGGGAUAA